AUGAUAUCACACAAGAAACUUGGCUUCCUUUUAAUCUUCAACCUACUAUAUUUACAAAGAAAUUUUGCGGACAAAUCCGAGGAUAACUUGCCGAAAGGUCACCAGGAAGUGCUUGGAUCUCACAGAGAGCCUGAUACGAUCGAAGAACGAUACGAUAUUCCAACACCGCUUGAGUUCUGGAGUAAUUAUGUGAAAAUAUCCAAACCUGUGGUGUUUAGAGGAGCUGCGAAACAUUCCAAGGCUUAUAAGUUAUGGAGUGAUGAAUAUUUGAAGGAAAGAUAUGGAGAUUUGGAAGUGCGAUUGGAGAGCAAGGGGGAGAAGUCAGGAAGGGUUCCUAUUGGUGCUAAAGGAUUGGGCAGAGACACUAUAGGUAGGUUCACACACAAUCUUAUAAACCUGAAGGCACUUUUUCAGCUUUGCUAACGGUGUAAGGCUUGAAAAUGUUACACGAAAAUCAUGACAAAAAAACAAUUAAACCGAAUUACACAGUGGCUCUCAACCAUGCAGUAUGGAAAUACUGUAUGUAGUAUUUCUGUGCCUCAUACCUAAUUUUAGUGUGCAGUGAUAACCAAUUUGUGCAGUGAUAAAACUAAAAUGUGCAGUGAUAAAAUGUAAAAUGUGCAGUGAUAAAAUUUGCUGUGAUAAGUUGUUAACAAUUAACACGAAAAUCCAGGCAAUGAGCAGAAAAACUGAGCUAAAAAUUCGUCUUGACACUCCUUGACAGUAUUAAUCAAAACAUUUUGAAUGAGAACAAUUUGAAUGAAAUUGAAAUGAUAGCUGCCAAAUCAUCGAACGUGCACUAAUAUUACACUUCAGGUUUAUCAGAUGAACAAAGUCUCGCACCAAAGGUUCCUUUAUGAGUCUGGAUGAUAAAGUGAAUGAUACUUAUCUUUUUGUAAUUAGUGUGUAAUCUUCAGAAUUCUAUAGAAUGUCUUCGCACAUUGCAUAAAAUCCCCUUUUAGAGAGCCUAGAUUACAAAAUUUUCUGUGGGUGCAUGCCCUUGGAACUCCUCUAGAGGUUUGUCAGUCCUAAGCUGUCUAAGCUGCCUCUCAUUUGCCAAUACGAAAAUAUUUCUUUCUUGCAAGUAUGUGAUUAUGAAACUAUGCCGUCACAGAUAGUUGAAACUAUAGGUGCUGUCAAAGGGGGCAAUUUUUCCUGGAGCCUUAGUUAAAGGAGGGCCGAAAUAAAGAAUUAUGUAAAAUAUACAUAGAUAUAACUGUCAAAAGACUUCCAGAAUGCAGGAUUUGACCAUUUCUGGGACCUCAGAUUUUAAAAUUUUCCUGGGGAGAAUGCCCCGGCCCCCCUAGUGAUAGUGUUAGAAGAUGGAGUCAUGUGGGGCACCAAGUCAAAUUUGGCCCUGGGCAACCCUGCGUGUUGUGCAGUGUAUGUUGGUUUUUGGCAUUUUUUAAUAUCAAUUGUAGCCUGUUUUGUGCAUAGUAGUUACACAUUGUGUGUGUUCAGAAAUUUUCAGGGCGUGCUUCUGCUCGGCUAAACUUUGCGCAAAAAUGUGCAGUGAUAAAAAAUUCUUAAAAUUAGGUAUGCUGUGCCUGGCUCAGGGAACCAGCAGUUUCAGUUGUGCACUACUUGUUGUGCACAAGGCCCAUGGGCUCAUUGUCUAUGGAUGUUCAUUCCCAAGGGGGAAGGUGGGCUGUACGGGUGAAGUUUUGGGCUUUAAAGCAGGGGGGGGGGACUCCCAUGAGUCGCCACCAUGGUUGGUGCUGAGCGGGGAAAAUUUGGAGUCACCAGGUCGUCGGAAAUGGCAUUUUCAGGGUCUCUACGACUUUCAUUAAACCUUUUCAAAUUCUGUCAAAUGUUGUGAUUUGUAAGCAUGAUUUGUAUUUGUUUUUUGUUAAAGUGUGGUCACCAGGCGUAGCGUGCGGGGGGGGGGGGGGGUGUAGGUAGUCGGUAAAACGCAAAGUUAUUCGGUAAUGGCAAGAGCCAUGACAGCGGUCGGUAAAACAAAUCGGUUAAAAUGGAAUUUUGCUCCUCGGUAAAUGGCUUUUAAUAAUAAAAAAAAAUAAAAUUAAUGUCGUGCCUUGUUCUCCGAUAAAGUUAUGCAAAAUGUACGUAAUUCUUCAGUAUUAAAACACUUAUAUUAAAUAUCUACGCAUAAGCAUUGGAGCCCCUAAUUUCCUAUCGUAUUACACUUGCAAGAGCUGCGAAAACAGUCGGUUCUGAUUGGACAUGUUCAACUGUGCGCGAACUUUUGACCUUGAUACAAUGAUACGCAAAACAAUUAAAGAUUAUAUUUAUAUAUUUGUUAUUGACACGCGGUGCUCAUAAAAUGUUUCGACAAUUUUUCAAGUCUGUUCAUUACAAUAAACAACAAGAUAAAUGCCAUUGGGUAAAAUGACUUAUCGCGAAGUAACAAAGACAACAAUUAUUCCAAUUAAUAAAGCAUUUGCUACGUUUCUGGUUCUACGUUAUUUCUAGAUGGCUGACUAAAGUCACGGUAAGUGUCAUUAAAUUAAACGCGGGCCGAAAUAUUUAUUUUAAUUUUGUCAAUUGCUGUAUAGCUGUUAUGGUAUACGUUAUAUGUAGCAUAUAAGGGGCGGUCACGGAUUCUAAUAAAACCUCACGGUGAGCUCACACUCACAGUCUCACAGCUUGUUAAUAUCUGACGGAUUCUCACGGAUUUCGAAAAUAACACAACUUCAACAAUAUGGUUUUGUUUGAUAUAAAUAAAAGCUACCAAACCUUGUGUGUAUAAGGUACAGAAGGCUCUGAAAAUGCCAUUUCCAACGAUCUAGAGACUCCUGGUGGUCACUCCAUUUUAUUAGCAAGAUCUAGCCUUGGAUCGCUUUGAGAUUGCUCUAAUUUACAGUGGUUUCAAAACAUUUCAUAGUAGACGUUGCGCUGGGAAGUGUAGGAGUUGCAACCGAAGGCCGAACUUCCCAACACGGAAGAUCUGACGGGCCUGUGACGGCAUGUUUCCAGAAAAUUUUGAACUUCUAGGGCUAUAUACGAGAUGUAUUUUCCAGCAUUUAUUCUUGAGACACAAAAAAUCAUAUUUUCAAUGUCUAAAACACUGUUAAAUUUAUGUUCUUAUUAAUGCCUAUAACAACAAUGUUUAUACAUAUACAGUAAACAUCACCCAACAAAGCCAUAGUUGUUUGAAAUGCCUGGCAGCAUUCAUAAUUUAAAUAACCUUUAAUUUGCUUAAUUCAGUUAUUGGACUUUUGAUGAGGAAUCAAUGUAAACUCCACAUAGCUUGUUUGAUCUAUUGCAGCAAACAUAUUCAAAACAUUUUUAUUUGCAAUGGACAACUUGCAUGUUAGACUAAAUUUCAAUCUAAGCGGAGAAAAGGGGAUAAAACACAACAGCUAAAAAGAACAUACUGAAAUUAGUAAAAGUGCAAAAUUUGGUUGCGAAAUGUUGUAAAGCUUAGAAAAUAUAGCCUUGCAAAGUUUGCAAAUUUUCAGUAUAUUUAAUUGUAUUACGAGCGGAAAUUGUUACCAUUUUCGGCUCAAAAAUGGUAACAAUUUCCGCAAGUAAUACAAAUAUACUGAAAAUAUGCAAACUUUGCAAGGCUAUAUUUUCCAAGCUUUACAACAUUUUGCAACGAAAUUUUGCACUUUUACUAAUUUUAAUAAGUUCUUAACGGGAAUUUACUUUUGUUGUGCCUAGAUCGGCUAGAUAAAAAAUUUAUCUAACAUGCAAGUUGUCUAUUGUCGGGCAUGAUUUUGCGAAAAUCUACGUAAAAAUGGAAGAAAUUCUUAAAGGAAAUUUGAAGCACUGCUCUGAGCCUGCCCUCAACGGGCAAGAGACGUAUCAAGGCUUCUAAUCUGUGGCUGUGGUUGUUUCGACAAAAUACACGCUUGUUUACUCACAAAACAUUUUGUAAACACUUUAAUAUUUUAACCAGAAUUUAUAGUUAAUCAAUAAUUAUAAAAGAGAAAGUAGCUGUCGCAAAUGGAAGAGUUGCAGUCGGAUGUGACGGGCGACGGCUUAUUUUGAAACCACUGAUUUAGAUAAUAUGGUCUAGAAGCAUGCAUGCUCAGUGCGAAUGGCCCCAUAUACUGUACUCUCGAAAGAAGUUGUUAUUAAAAUAACAAUAAACAAUUGCAGAUAAAGAUACAUUAUUAAUAUGAUGUAUAUGGUUUCAAAUAUUUCCAGUUUCAAGAAUUUUGCAGUAAUUUUUUAAUUAUUUUUUUAAAUCAAAUAAUUUUUUUUUGGGGGGGAGCGUGCCGAAAGCUAUCCCAGCCCCUCUUAUAAAAUAGUGUGGGGGCUGUGCAUCCCCCCAUCCCCCCUGCUUCCUACGCCGCUGGAAUGGCAGUCUUUGUGCAUGCGGGCAAUUGCAUGCAUGGCACAUGCUUUUAAAUUCCAUACCGGCCUCUCUCUCUAAUAUAAUAAUUAGAUUAGGAACAGCGACCUCUAUUGCCUCUUAAUUAUAAAACCUACAUGUAUGACACUAUCGCCCAUAUUCUAAAAGCUCACUCACACUCAUUUAGUGGAGUUCGAUCUGGUCUUCUCUUGAGUGUCAGUGCUGUUUUUGAAUAGCUGGAGGGUGUAGUCACAUUGAUUCAUAUAGUAUGGUACGACACUGGCCCUCCAGCUAUUCAAAAACAGCAAUGAUUGGACAACCACACUCUGUGUCAUUCGACAUUAAAUAAAUUAUUCUAUUCUAUUCUUAGACUAAUUAUUCUACAGGCGUAUGACUCUUAAAAUGUCAAACUGUGAUAGCACAAUUUCCUGUCGAAUAGCACAAUUUCCUGUGAUAGCAGAAUUUCCUGUUGUUUCAGUUUUGCCAUUGCCAAGAGAAUAUGUUGAUUUCACAAUCAUGAUCAAAACAGUGGAUGCUAUUUUAAACAGCUAAUUUUAAAAAGCACAAAAAAUUCUCUUCCUGCAUGACCUUCAAUCAUGUUGCCUGUUCCAAAUUCAAAUUCAUUUGUGAUUAGUAUACAAUGUUAGGAAAUAUGUAGUCACAUUCUUGAAUGUUUUCAAUUAAUUGACAUGUACAGUAAACAUUUCUGGGGCAGGAGGACAGAACGAUCUGCGAUUUGCGCUAGUAUCUAUAGUCAUCAUAUGUGUAUAGUCGCAUAAUGAUACCCUUGCCACUGGCUUCUUCUUAAUAUGCACAUGGUUCGGGGAUAGUGGAAUACCAGUAGCAUCAAUGUUUAUUAUGGAAAGUGAGACAUAUGCUUUAAAAUCCUGUCCCAAUAAACCCAAGCUAGGUUACUCAACUAUAGAAGUCCUGCUUGGUCUGUCGACCAGGAAAAUUAAAGCAUUAAUUUUAUUAUAACAAUGCAUGAUGCUCUUUUAAUGCUCCAAAACCUGUCUGUUGGUCGAUGUCAUACUUACAUCGUCCAAUUUAAAGUCCCAUUUACAAGAUGCGACUAAUCGUAUAAUAUAUGAUUGUCAAUUUGGAAUAUGAAAACAACUGUUGAUGCCACUGUUCGUGUUCAACACUUUUUCUGUUUAUGAAAAGAUCUUCAAACAAUAAACGGUAUAUCGACCUCGAUUUCCUUCUCGCAGUUCUUUGGUCUUCGCCACAUUUGCAGUAAAGAUGAGGAUUUCCAAGCUAAAUGUAUUCAUAUGAGACACUUUUUUUCCAACAUGGCUAUAAGACUAGUAUAAUUAUAUACAGUAAUUGAUAACCACUUCUUUUAACCGUUUCUUUUCGACCCAUUAAAAAUAUCUGUGAAACCCUAGUUCAUACUGUAGCUUCCUGUCACAAAAUUCGUCAUCACAGAAUGGCACGUUUCCUUGUUGGGUGCCCCAAUGUAAAACAUGUAAGUUUAUAGAUUCGGUUACCACUAUUUCCGCAGUAAAAUCUCAAUACCAUGUCAAGCACCAACCCACGUGCACCUCCUCCCAACUCAUCGACUGCAUCUCAUGCGGUAGAUGUGGCAUGCUUUAUAUUGGAGAAACUGGAAGAUCUUUGAGGACAAGGUUUGGUGAGCGUGCAGUCAUUGACAAUGGUGCUGACCAGCUUGUUGCCAGCUAGACAUUUUAAUUAGGAGUGCACCGGAUUUCAAAUCCGGCCGGAUACACGAUUUAGUACAGAAUCUGUACUAAAACCACUAAUUAUGUUUUGUGAUUGGCGCGGCUUAAUCAAAGAAUCGCCCCGUUGAACCAGAGCCUUCGCGACAUUUCAAUUUAUUAUUUACUGUAGAAGGCUCUGGAAUCCAGGGUAGCUUCCGGCCGGAUUUGGAGAAAAUCCGGCCGGAUUUAAAUUUCUGUUUUCACCUUUAAAAAUUCACCAAGAAUGGGAUAAACCAUCAAUUUGGCAGCUUUAAAGUUUAAAAAACACUUAUAUUAUUAUAAAAUAUCAAGUUAUUAACAAAAAGAUGUUUAAAAAAGGUUUAAACACAAUCAAAAAUCUAAACUGACACUAACUAAAAAUAGUAAAAAACAUAAACCGUCAUUUUGAAUACUGAUUUAUCCCCAAUUGUCCCCAUUACCGGUUUAUCUCAAAUCCGGCCGGAAUUUUUGUCCAAAUCCGGUAAAUCCGGUUCCGGCCGGAUUUGAAAAUUCCAAAUCCGGUGCACCCCUAAUUUUAAUACUAAUCUCUAUACGAAAAUUUGAGUCCUCUGUCCCAUUUCUGCAAGCAAUGAGAGCCGCAAAAGACAUGAAAUGCUCCUCGAGAUCAUUUCCAAACAUGGAACUGUCCACCCCAAUGACUUAAUGAACGUUUUCCCUAUAUUUAGUAGUUCUAUAUAUCUGUCAUUCCUGGCAUUUCCAGGAGCAUCACCUGAGCAAACGACAUUCUUAUUCUGUACUGUAAGGUUACCGACGCGUAUAUUUUUGUUAGCUUUGUAACGUACUGCACAUUUUGUGUGUGUUCACUGCUGUCCACACUUGAGUAUUUCUUAAACGCGUAAAAAUUCUCAAAUAAUGUUUUUUUGGUAUUUAAAUUUGAAUGAUUAGUGCUGCACAGUUUUUCUCUUUCUGUAACUUGUCUGCAUAAUCAUCACUAUUUGGGCACUAAGAUUCUAGCAGAGGUCACUGGGAAAAAAAAGUGAAAUCCAUACUAUGAGAUUUGCAAUUGCACCACUAAAUCCAUAGUAUACUAGUCUCAUACUAUUUCCAAUUAUGGAUAAUCAAAAUCCAUAAGAUUCUAUUUCCAAUGAAGGUCCAUACAAUUAUCAAAUACCAUUCUACUGUAUAUGGCCUUCUAUGGAUUUUCAAAAAUUUUUCCAGUAGGUUCAGAUGGCUUCAUUUUUUUCAGAAACAAAAUUUGUUGACAACGUACCAUUAAACGCAGUUCACUGGAUUACGUUUCAUCUUGGUCCAGGAUGUCAAUCUUACAGUAGCAACAUCUUCAUAACCAAGAUCUUGCCAAGAUUUUCAACUUCGGACUUCUUGGUACUUACUGUACCAUGAGAUGUACAGUAGUUAAUAUAUUCAUUUGUUAAAACAUUCUUCCUGAAUUUGUUAAGGGAGCUUUGUGGGCAGUUAUCAUGAAAUGAACAGUUAUGUUGUUUCUGAGCUGCCAACACCAAUGUGGGAUGAUGUUAAUGUUCAACCUUGUUUGACAUGUGGAACAUUUGUUGAUCGUAUCGUGGAGAUUGAUUUAUGGAUGAGUGGUGGAGGUAGUAAGAGUCUCUUGCAUAAGGUAAAGUGUAACUUUCAUUAGGUCUCACACUACGCUAAGACAAGGGGGUGAAUAUUUCUGUGUUCUUUUGACAUUUUCAAUUAUUGACUCCAUCUAGUAUCCUGCCUAGCUGGGAUGAAAAUACGAAAGCAAGACACGGCGCCUUCAAAAUAUCUUUUGAAGUCCUGUUGUCAUUGAACAGACUGUACUUUUUAUUUGCGACUUAGCGAUGUCUGCUUAACUCUAAUAUACUGUUUAUUUUUCUUGUUUAUAUUUUCCGUCUCUCUUGCAAAUAUAUAACCGAUCGCCAAGAUCACCUAAAUCUAGUUUAUUAUGAAGUUCGCUUUUGAGGUGUGGUAUCAUAGAUUGUUUCGAUUGUUUUUAAUUUUGGUGCAACCGGCUGUGAACAAAAAUUACGACAUUAUUUACGUAUCCUUAUAUAGCGGGAGAAAUCAAUGAUCUACGAAAGACCUGAUUCGCCGUACAUUAUACUGUAGAUACACGAGCACGUGAACUCGUCAAGGAAAACUUGCGUGUUUGUAUGGACAAUGUUACACGGGACAAUUUCUUGAGAAAAUUGGCCUUGAAAAUGAUGUUACAUGAAAGUUGUUUGGGUGCGACGAUUUUCAUUGCGAUUUUUUGUAAAUGUUGGGUGUCACAACGCAUUAACGGACAAACGGGGAGCCGAAGUGUUUAUCUGCGUUUGACGUCGUUAUGAGAAAAGUCUGCAACAAAAUAUUGCCUCAAAAUGGGCAACAAGAUGUUGAAUACUUCUCCUGCCUUACCAAAAACAAUAUUUUGACGACUCUGAGGACUACUUGCAUUGUUUUAUUAACAGUAAUCCUGCAUCAAUGACACUUUUACUAUACUUAUACCCUUUAUAUUCAAGUUGCUUUUACUUUUCUUUAGGAUGCAUUUAAUGCAAUCAAUUGUCUUUACAAUGGCACGAAAGAAUGGAAAAUGAUUGAAUAUAAAUACGAGAAGAUGAUAUAUAAAGCGUGGGAGCCUGAGUACGAGAUUGGUGGAUAUUCGUUGAUUGAAGUUGAUUCCGUAGAUCUUAUUAAAUAUCCCAAAGUCAAGGAUGUUCCUUGGUCCUUCGUUACUGUGAAUGCUGGCGAUUGUUUAUUUGUACCUAAAAGUAAGUUCUUCAUAAAAAUAUCAGGACGUCCUGGUCACAACGAGCAGGAGAUUUAGUCAGGAAUAUUUAUCAUUUAUAGACCCGGAGCGAGGGGGAUUCGGCAUAAUAUUUCCCGAAGUGAUGAUAUUUUCCGAGGGGCUUUGCCCCGAGGAAAAUAUCAUCACUGAGGGAAAUAUCGACGAAUCCCCCGAGCGGAGGGUCUAUAAAUGAUAUAUUAUUCCGAAAGUUAAAGAACUCACUAAGAGUCUAAGUUCAGAAUAAACUGUAAACUUGCUGAAUAUUAACUACGCGAAUGCAAUUUUUAAUUUCUUAUGUAUACCGAGUUUUUGACGUUUCCUCUUUAAAAUAUUUGAGCAUGUAUCCUUUGGAUCAUUAAAGGUAACAUACGUCUUGAAAAUCUUUGGUUAAAUCAAAUCUUCUGUACGAAAUUACAGACAACAGCUCGCGAACGCCAUAUUGGUUCAGAGCGUGGUGUCCACGCGUGAGCGUGGGAUACUAUAAUAUCCCACGGUGGAUCUGCCGUGGGAUAUUAUAGUAUCUCACGCUGCAUUGCGAAAUCAUGAAUUUGAGUGAAAUACCAUAAAAAAAUCACAUUAUCACGUGGUACAAAUGCUGUUUUUUCAUUGAACAAUUUGAAUUUGAGGUAUAAUAUAAUUACUGUAGCUCAUGGCCUGCUAGUAGAGAAAAAUAAAAUAGCGGCUCAAACUGAAUUUCCGACGUUUGGGGAACGAGAGAACGGCAAGUUGUUCGCUUUUUACAGCCUUUACAAGAUUCCCACAAAUAAAACUCCCACAAAUAAAACUCCCACAAAUUGUUUACAGGUUAGAAAAUCAAUUUUUAAAAUUUAGAAUGGUUAGAAAGGUUUAAAAUGGCCGAAAGAGCGAAGAUGAAAACAUAUUACACUAGAGGGCACUCAGAGACUGCAUACCUCCGCCCGCAUUGAAAUUCGGUCGUGUGAAAUGCAACUAAGACAAUAGAUAAUGAAGGCUGAAGCUUAAUGAGGUUUAUCAUGUCAUUAUUGUCUUAGUACUGCGUGCGUCCUAAUCACGCAUUCAGUGAGUUUUUUUUAAUUGACCAGGAAAAGCAAGACAAAAUUUUGUUCAUUUGUCGUUCAAUUUUUAACCAUUCUUUUAACCGUUUUUCCUUAGCCGAUGGGAAAUGCAUUCCAAAAAUUUCGUAUGAAUAUGUUUGGUAUUUCUUGAGUUAUCGUGCUCACAGACAAACACACACACAUACACAUAUACACGCAUACAAACCCAGAUGAUUACAUAACCUCCUGGCGGAGGUAAAAAUAGAAAAAUAUUGAAAAUAUCCGAGAAGCAAAGUCUGCGAAUGCAGAACUUGCAUGUGUAUAUAAUAAAACAGUUAUUCCACUCACUUUCGUCGAAUAUGAGCGAUAGCAUCAUCGGCGCUACGCGCCUCAUCGGCUAUCAGCCCAUAUUCAACUCGAUUUCGUAGAAUAACUGUUAAAUAAUAAAGCAGAAAAACUUUGUCGGUGGACGGUUCGAAUUCGCUGUGUUUGCAGCGAAUUCGAACCGUCCACCGACAAAGUAAGUUAGAACUAAAAUUGUCUGGAACAUUUUCAUACAUAUUAUUAAUACGUUAUAGGAUGGUUUCUCGUGAUAUUUGGAUAAAACAAGACUUCAAAGACCUCAAAUGGCACUCUGCCUUCGGAGUCGUGCUAUUUUACCUAAUAUUUAGAUUCUCUUUGAGAAACUGACUGGUGCAUGUUUUAUCCAAAUUGCACUCGAAACCAUCCUAUUACCUAUACUAACCAUAGGGAAAAUUUAACCUGAGUCCGUUCUCCUCUGGAUAAUAGCGAGUUUAGCAGUCAAGCGAUGUUUCUAUCAACAUGGACGUCAUGGAUGUCAGUUUGUGAUAGUCUUCAAAACAUCUGACGAAAUGCAAGAUUUUUAACGUUUCUUGUAGGCCGUAGGAUGAGCAUCCAAAAGAUGCUUAGAAAACGGAUUCCGUUGCACCCCUCGUGGAACUACAAAAUUUUCACAUGAAUCAAUAGAUAAAAACUUAAUUUAUCAGAAUCCGUUGCUGCCCAAGCGAAACAGGUGCACAAUUGCGAAAAUAAUCCCCAUAAAGUUAGCAAUUUUCCCGUUUCGAAAUAUUCGAACCGCCAUUGUUUUGGUAGCAAAUACGCAUGCGCAAGUCAGCCAAACUCGCACUGCGCACGCGCAGACGCGAAAAAUGGAUUUUCCCUGUGGGUUUUCCCCGAUUUCCCCCGUAAACAACAACAAAAUAAAAUCACGGAAUAAAGAUCAAACCUUGUGGUAUUAACGAAUAAAUACACACACAUUAAAUAUUGUUUAAAAUACAUUGUACAUUUUGCUUGCUCAUAUGCUAAAUCACUUCAAUUCAUUGGCUAUUGUUUCAAAAUACCUCUAAAUAAUUCUACUUAUUAACAUCCUAAUUCAAUACAAAUUUGUGUAUCAAAUAGGAUGGAGAAUAUUUAAAUAUACAUACAAUUCACACGAUCAAGGAACAAAUUAACUAUUUCGCUAAGCUAAAGCCUUGGCCAAACGCAAGAAACAUUGUUGCGGAAGUAUUCGCGAUUUUCAAUGUUUGCUCAAAUGGUUCCGCGUAGGCGUAUCGGCCGGGAGGGAGGGGGGCACGGGGGGCACGUGUCCUCCCCCCCCAAAAAAAAAAAUAUGGUCGGGCAAAGUUGAUAAGAAGAACCGCGGUCUACAAUGAAUAAUUAAAUAUAAUAAUGCCAAUAUUAAUUGCUUUUAAUAUACCUUGCCAUUUAAAAAGAACACCUGGCUGUAUAUGAAUGAUGAUGGUUUAUGGCAAAGAUUAUGAAGUUAGUUAUAUAGUUAGCAUAAAUUUUAGAGCAAAUUUGGAUGCUCAGAAUGCAGGAAAUUGCAUUUCCGUGCUUCAAAUUUCAUUUUCUGGGGGAUUAUACCCCCAGACCCCCCUAGGGAUUCAUGCGUG